AUGGAGGAAGAUGCAUUCACUGAUGAAACACAGAGUUCUGCCUCUGAAGAAGAAGAAAAUGAAGAAGGAAGCGAAUCCCAAGAAACAGGGGGGGCCACUAAUUCCAGAUAUCCCCCUGUUGGUGAAGAAGAACUAUCUGGGGAGGAUACAGAUGAUUCCGCUGAUGAAGAUCAAUAUGAUACGGAGGAAGUUGUUCUUGCUGGUCCGAAUCCUCCACCUGCGCUUCACCCUGAUAUCAAGAAUUGGAUUCAAACGCUAUCCAAGGGGCAGGACAUAUCUAUUUCUGAUGAGAUUUUGGUGAUUCAAAAGUUGCUGUUUGAAUCUGAAGCUACUGGGGACCGGUUCAUCAUUCCAUUAGGGAUUAUUUGGAAUGAGCUUUUCAACGAUGAUGAAAUAAAAAUACUCAACAUUGAAAAUUUUAUCCGCGUUACCAUGAUCGACCCUGUGGUCGAAAAUGUUUUCGUUGAGUUGAAAAGGAAUCUAAUGCUGUCUAGUGAUAAGGCUGGAGGUGAACCUAGCAGAGCGUAUGUCUUGAUCGGAGAUUGGAAUCGCUUCGCAGCCGCCAAAAAUCUGGAAGAAGGAGACAUUGUGCAACUGUGGGCAGUUCGAGUUGGUGGAAAUUUGUGUUUUCUUCUUGUUAAACUGUCGACAGGUGGAGGAGACGGCAGCGGCUGCAAUGCAAGCGUUUCAGGUGGCACUGAUACUCAUCAAAGUGAAGCUCAAGCGACCAUCGACCAUUUGAAGAAUGAAGAUUGUUAG